CUCAGGGGAGGGCCCGGAGGCUGCCGCGGGAGGACCCCGGCUGUGCCCCAGCAGGGGGCGCUGCGGGCGGAGACCGCUCUGCGCCGCUGCCGCGUGGGCGGGCUCGGUGCCGCCGCGUGCAGCCCCGCCAGACGCUGCCGGAACGCCGCUGCGCCCGCUGCCGCCGCCGCCAUGGUGAAGGAGCAGUUCAGGGAGACGGAUGUGGCCAAGAAAAUAAGCCACAUCUGUUUUGGCAUGAAAUCUCCAGAAGAGAUGCGUCAGCAAGCUCACAUUCAAGUGGUUAGUAAAAACUUGUAUAGUCAGGACAACCAUCACUCUCCACUGCAGUAUGGAGUCCUCGACCAUCGUAUGGGAACCAGUGAAAAAGACCGUCCCUGUGAAACCUGUGGAAAAAAUCUAGCUGAUUGUUUAGGACAUUAUGGGUACAUUGACUUAGAACUGCCCUGUUUUCACGUUGGAUAUUUCAAAGCUGUGAUAGGUAUCCUGCAGAUGAUCUGCAAAACCUGUUGCCGUAUCAUGUUAUCGGUGGAAGAAAAAAAACAAUUUUUGGAUUACUUGAAGCGACCUGGCCUUACAUAUCUUCAGAAGAGAGGACUAAAAAAGAAAGUGUCUGAAAAGUGCCGAAAGAAAAACACUUGUCCUUACUGUGGUGCCUUUAAUGGAACUGUGAAGAAGUGUGGUUUGUUGAAAAUAAUACAUGAAAAGUACAAGACCAAUAAGAAGGUGGUAGAUCCAGUAGUAUCUACUUUUCUUCAAUCUUUUGAAACUGCCAUAGAACAUAACAAAGAAGUAGAACCCUUACUGGGAAGAGCUCAGGAAAACUUAAAUCCUUUGGUAGUAUUGAACCUCUUCAAAAGAAUCCCAGCAGAAGAUAUCCCUCUGCUUCUAAUGAACCCAGAAGCAGGCAAACCUUCAGAUUUGAUCCUCACACGACUCCUGGUGCCUCCACUGUGUAUCAGACCCUCUGUGGUGAGUGACUUGAAGUCUGGCACCAAUGAAGAUGAUUUAACAAUGAAACUGACAGAGAUAAUUUUCCUCAAUGAUGUGAUAAAAAAGCAUAGGAUAUCAGGAGCCAAAACACAGAUGAUUAUGGAAGACUGGGACUUUCUUCAACUGCAGUGUGCCCUGUACAUAAACAGUGAGCUCUCGGGAAUUCCUCUCAACAUGGCACCUAAAAAAUGGACCAGAGGUUUUGUUCAGAGACUUAAGGGAAAGCAAGGUCGGUUUAGAGGCAAUCUCUCUGGAAAGCGAGUGGAUUUCUCUGGCAGAACGGUCAUUUCACCUGAUCCUAACUUAAGAAUAGAUGAAGUAGCAGUGCCUGUUCAUGUUGCUAAAAUACUAACCUUUCCUGAAAAGGUGAACAAAGCAAAUAUUAAUUUUAUGAGGAAACUAGUGCGUAAUGGUCCUGAUGUUCAUCCUGGAGCCAACUUCAUACAGCAAAGGCACACACAGAUGAAAAGGUUUUUGAAGUAUGGAAACCGAGAAAAGAUGGCCCAGGAGCUGAAGUUUGGUGAUAUUGUGGAGCGACAUCUUAUAGAUGGUGACAUAGUCCUGUUCAAUCGACAACCCUCUCUUCAUAAGCUGAGCAUCAUGGCUCACAUUGCUAGAGUAAAACCUCAUAGGACAUUCAGGUUUAAUGAAUGUGUCUGUACACCAUACAAUGCAGACUUUGAUGGAGAUGAGAUGAACCUUCACCUUCCUCAGACAGAAGAAGCAAAAGCAGAAGCACUUGUUUUAAUGGGGACUAAAGCAAACUUGGUAACACCAAGAAAUGGAGAACCACUCAUUGCUGCUAUUCAGGAUUUCCUCACAGGUGCUUAUCUUCUUACAUUAAAAGAUACCUUUUUUGAUCGAGCCAAAGCCUGUCAAAUUAUUGCUUCUAUCCUGGUUGGUAAGGAUGAAAAGAUUAAAGUUCGUCUUCCACCUCCAGCAAUUCUGAAGCCUGUAACACUCUGGACAGGAAAACAGGUUUUCAGCCUCAUUCUCAAACCCAGUGAUGAUUGUCCUGUAAAAGCCAAUCUACGAACGAAGGGCAAACAGUAUUGUGGCAAAGGGGAAGACCUGUGUCACAACGAUUCUUAUGUCACAAUUCAAAACAGUGAGUUAAUGAGUGGCAGUAUGGACAAAGGAACCCUAGGUUCAGGAUCCAAGAACAACAUCUUCUACAUCUUGCUGAGAGACUGGGGACAGGUAGAAGCUGCAGAUGCCAUGUCACGACUAGCUAGACUUGCUCCUGUCUAUCUUUCUAAUCGUGGCUUCUCAAUUGGAAUUGGUGAUGUAACCCCUGGGCAGGGCCUGCUAAAGGCAAAGUAUGAGCUCCUGAACGCUGGCUAUAAGAAAUGUGACGAGUAUAUUGAAGCUCUGAACACUGGCAAGCUACAGCAACAGCCUGGUUGUACUGCAGAAGAGACACUAGAGGCCUUAAUCCUUAAAGAACUCUCUGUUAUCAGAGAUCACGCGGGCAGUGCCUGUCUCCGAGAACUGGACAAGAGCAACAGUCCCCUUAUCAUGGCUCUCUGUGGUUCUAAAGGAUCCUUCAUUAAUAUAUCCCAGAUGAUUGCUUGUGUAGGUCAACAGGCUAUCAGUGGGUCCCGAGUGCCUGAUGGAUUUGAGAACAGAUCUUUACCUCACUUUGAGAAGCAUUCUAAGCUCCCAGCAGCAAAAGGUUUUGUUGCCAAUAGCUUCUAUUCUGGUCUGACACCCACUGAAUUUUUUUUUCAUACAAUGGCUGGUCGAGAAGGUCUGGUUGACACAGCUGUGAAGACAGCCGAAACUGGAUAUAUGCAGAGACGGCUGGUAAAAUCACUUGAAGAUCUUUGCUCGCAGUAUGAUUUGACAGUCAGAAGUUCUACUGGUGAUAUUAUACAGUUUAUUUAUGGAGGAGAUGGCUUGGAUCCUGCAGCCAUGGAAGGGAAGGAUGAACCAUUGGAAUUCAAGCGUGUUCUAGACAAUAUCAGAGCUGUAUAUCCAUGCCGAAGUGAACCAGCCCUUAGUAAAAAUGAAUUGGUGUUAACAUCUGAGUCCAUCAUGAAGAAGAAUGAAUUUCUUUGCUGCCGAGACAGUUUUCUGCAGACAUUAACUGAGACAGGUUAUGAAAAAUAUAAUGAGGAAAUUAAAAAAUUCAUCAAAGGUGUUUCUGAGAAGAUAAAAAAAACUAGGGACAAGUACGGCAUUAAUGACAAUGGCACAACAGAGCCACGAGUUUUAUAUCAGUUGGAUAGGAUUACUCCAACACAACUAGAGAAGUUUCUAGAGACUUGUAGGGACAAGUACAUGAGGGCACAGAUGGAGCCUGGUUCUGCAGUAGGAGCUCUUUGUGCACAGAGCAUUGGUGAGCCUGGCACACAGAUGACUCUGAAGACUUUCCAUUUUGCUGGUGUUGCUUCAAUGAACAUUACUUUGGGUGUGCCAAGAAUCAAAGAAAUCAUUAAUGCUUCAAAGGCUAUUAGCACCCCUAUUAUAACAGCACAGUUGGACAAAGAUGAUGAUCCUGAUUUUGCCCGUCUGGUUAAAGGAAGAAUUGAGAAAACCUUAUUAGGAGAGAUUUCAGAAUAUAUUGAGGAAGUGUUUCUUCCAGAUGAUUGUUUCAUCCUAGUGAAGCUGUCUUUAGAGCGCAUUAGACUACUGAGAUUAGAGGUGAAUGCAGAGACUGUGCGCUACUCUAUUUGCAUAUCUAAACUCAGAGUAAAGCCUGGGGAUGUUGCUGUCCAUGGAGAAGCAGUUGUGUGUGUGACCCCUCGUGAAAACAGCAAGAGUUCAAUGUAUUAUGUAUUGCAGUCCCUGAAGGAAGAACUACCAAAGGUUGUGGUGCAAGGUAUACCAGAGGUUUCCCGAGCUGUCAUUCAUAUCGAUGAACAAAGUGGAAAGGAAAAAUACAAACUUCUAGUUGAAGGUGAUAAUCUGCGAGCUGUUAUGGCUACUCAUGGAGUGAAAGGAACAAAAACAUCCUCUAACAACACUUAUGAGGUAGAGAAAACUCUAGGAAUUGAAGCUGCCCGGACAACCAUUAUCAAUGAGAUUCAGUAUACCAUGGUGAACCAUGGUAUGAGCAUUGACAGGAGACAUGUAAUGUUGCUGUCUGAUCUAAUGACUUACAAGGGUGAAGUGCUGGGCAUUACAAGGUUUGGACUGGCAAAAAUGAAGGAAAGCGUGUUGAUGCUGGCUUCUUUUGAAAAGACUGCGGACCAUCUCUUUGAUGCUGCCUACUUUGGACAGAAGGAUUCUGUUUGUGUUCAAAUAAGGAAAUGAAAUGGACAGAACUGAAAAUUGUUGUCUGCCUUCCAAAACUGAAGAGGUGAUACUGGCUUGCUUGUGUGAACAAAGUGCUGUGCAGCUGCCUGACCUGGCCAUCACUGGUUAUCUCUGAAUUGCUGUGAAAAGAGACUGUUACACACUCAUGGGUUUGCAUCUCCAGAGCAGGAGAAGGUUAUAAAUGUUGCAAAGGAAAAUGAGUAUGUACCCAAAAUGAACUAUAGGUGCUGAACUGAAUGGCAUCUCAAAUCAGUGCUUCUCCUGAAUGUGUGGGUGUAUUUUUAGACCAUAUGGCCUUUGAAUCCCUUUUGUAAGAUGUUCUCCCCCUCCCAAAGAAAAUGGGGAACAGCUGAUUGCUGCUUUACCUACAUAAAGAAAAGUAUUUUCUUUUGAGAAUUGCUGAUGCCAGCUUUCAGUGGGCAGAGUGGGUUAAAACUAGAGCAGAGUGCAUCUAGUUCCAGCAGCAUCCGGAAGCAGGAUCAGCAGGAGGUGCUACUAUCUGCAGGGUCAAUUUAUGAGGAAUUGGUCUGGAAGGGACGUGUCAAAAAUAAACUCUGCAGUAAGAGCAGUAUGACUGGCUUCAUCUCUACCUAGCUUCUUCCAGCUGAAAGCGAGAGUAGCAAUUCAUAGCUGUCAGCCAGAUGCUUAGAUCUGCAAUAGAUUAUAACUGGUAGCGCUACAAGACAUUGCACGGGAGCUGGUCGUUAGAGCAGAGCGUGCAGUUGUUGUGCCAUCAACAACAUCAGUCUCCUCACCUGUCUGAUGUGAUUGCCAUUGGCCUCUAGUAUACAUUAGUCUGAGCAGAUAUAUAACAUACGCUUGGUUGUUACACUGGUGUGCUCUGUCCAAAUGUUUACUGCUGUAAAUGAUUGCUCUCAGAGGCUCCAAAUGAUUACUUUGUCCAUGAGGCAGAAGGCAGGUGGGGAGGAAGGGCUUCUGGUUGUAUACGUGGAAGUACUAAAGGGGAAGAAGGAUUCCCAAAAUCUAAAUGCAGUUUCCAUGGUGCAGAGGUUGGCUCAGCUUGAACGGUUAUUGUGUGAAACCAGGUGGAUCUUAUUUUGCUAGGUGUUAGAAAGGUAUUUCCAUUAUCCAUUGUAACGUGCAUGCUAUAGGGGCCUUAAUGUACAGUAAGUGACUCCUAAGAAUUCUAUUGUGUACAAGAUUAAGUGCAUAAUGUUGGAAAAUAUUUAGUAGAAAGGCAGCAAUGAUCUAAGAGCAAAAAAUUAUCUUCUAUUUGUAUGCAUUUAAAUUACCAAUCAAAUCUUGCCAGAAUUUUAAGCAAUUUGACUUUCAUCCUUUGUGUAUUCAAAGGUACAGCUAUUUAUUUUCUUAAACAUUUAUAUGAAGGACAAUAUUCUGAUACUCCUGAGAAUGUGCAAAAGUGUCAUUUGGAUCAUAAGAGCAUGCUGAGAAAAAAACCCUGGUAUCAGAUAGCUUGCUUUUAAUGUGGAAUGUUCUUUGGAAAAGCUGUAUGCAUCAGGAGAUCUGGAAUAGAAAUGUGUCAGCACAUUGCUAUGAUAAAUGUUAUAGGUAUCAAAAAUAAUUGGGACAGAGUAAAUCUUGAAUUUCAAAACAAGCACUUUUUGAAUCAUUGAAAUGCAAAACCUGGUAUAGCUGAGUACGCCUCUUUCACUGGGAUUUGCAAGGGUUUCAAGGGAACUUAGCCAGGUUUGCCUGAAGUCUUAUCCCUGAGUCAGAGAGUGAACAGAAAGUGACUUUGCCUUGCACCUUCUGCUGUUGGCACUGAGUGGAGUGUGUCUUCUCUGAAAACAAACCUUCUGAAGCUCUUUCAUAGCUAGAAGAGGUGUUCAGGUUAGGUUGAAUUUUUCCUGUCUACAAUAUAAAUAAUACAGAUUAAUAACAUAGUGAUCUGGUGACCAUAACAUUUAUCUAGUGAAGAGGCCUUGGUCUUUACAUGUGAGGUUCAAGGAGAUUUGAUAGGCAAUAUAUACAGAAUGGGCAAAUGAAACAUUUUCAUAAAUCCUUAUUCUUCAAAGGUUCAACGUGGGUUGUUUUUGUUUGUUUGUU